UUCAGCAAUUUGGACAAAUUUCACUUGUUUUGUUCAUAUGUCCCUGCUUCGGAACCAUUUAUAUGAACAUUUACUCGAAUGGGCUAAGUUAGAGUCAUCACUUUUUGACAUUGAUGAAGUCCGAGCUGUAAUGGAUAUUUUCUUAAUACUGUCCUGGGUAAAUUUUUGUAGAAUGCAAAAGUUUACUGUCCUAUUAUGGGUAUCGUCUACAAUCAGUGACUGCAUGUUUUAACUGUUUCCUCAGGCACCUUGUAAACAAUUUAACUAAGGAAAAGAAAAAAAAUAUCUGUCAAUGGGAAUAGACCUUGAACAGCCAUCAGUAGAACAUCAUAAGGAUGACAGUAGGCCAAAUGAGUCUGUAAAUAUGGAGGAUGCUGGAGGUGAAGUGCGCAAUAAUGAUGGAGCCACGGUCUGUUGUCCUAAGAUCAUUGAACAUAAUAGAGAGAAGACUGUACCAAGCGUGAGAGGAUGCACAUCAAAUAGCGAAAACCAAGUGCACUCUGGAGGUGGGGUAGCUGUGAAUUCUCAUCAAGAUUUAGAGCCUCGUGAUGGUAUGGAAUUUGAAUCCAAGGAGGAUGCUUUUUCAUUUUAUAAAGAAUAUGCAAAGUCCGUUGGAUUUGCCACUAUAAUAAAGGCCAGCCGCCGAUCAAGAAUAUCUGGCAAAUUUAUUGAUGCAAAAUUUGUCUGUACUAGAUAUGGAAGCAAGAGAGAUUCUGUUAUGGCUGAAACCCCAGAGCCUGUGUCAAAUGCAGAUGGAAUCGCAAGCAUUCCUGUCAAGAGAAAGCGAGGUAGAAUAAAUAGAUCUUGGUCAAAAACAGAUUGCAAGGCUUGCAUGCAUGUUAAACGAAGGCAGGAUGGAAUAUGGAUUAUUCAUAGUUUCAAAAAGGAGCAUAACCAUGAAAUUUUUCCAGAUCAAGCUUAUUACUUUCGAGGUCACAGGAAUAUAGAGCUAGGUAACAGUAAUGUUGAUGCUCUGCAUGCUAUCAGAGCAAGGACCAAAAAAAUGUAUGUGACAAUGUCUAAACAGUCUGGUGGAAUGAAGAAAGUUGAGAAUCAAAAGAGUGGUACUGUCAGUGUUAGUGGACAGCAUUUGGCCUUAGAGGAAGGAGAUGCACAAGUGAUGCUUGAACAUUUUAUGUACAUGCAAGAUGAGAAUCCCAACUUCUUCCAUGCAAUAGAUUUGAAUCAAGAUCUGUGUUUGAGAAAUGUUUUCUGGGUUGAUGCCAAGGCUAGGCUUGAUUAUGGGAACUUUGGUGAUGUAGUGUUUUUUGACACUACAUAUAUCAAGAAUGAAUAUAAAUUGCCCUUUGCUUCCUUUAUUGGGGUAAACCAUCACUGUCAGUUCCUGUUGCUUGGAUGUGCACUGAUUGCAGAUGAGAGUAAAUCCACAUACAUAUGGGUAAUGCAGGCAUGGCUUAGAGCAAUGGGAGGACAAGCUCCAAAGGUGAUACUGACUGAUCAAGACAUUACAUUGAAAGAAGCUAUCGCUGAGGUUUUUCCAAAUUCUCGCCAUUGUUUUUGUUUGUGGCACAUAUUGAGCAAGAUUCAGGAAAAGCUUAGUUAUGUGAUGAGACAACAUGGAAGUUUUCUUAGUAAAUUUAACAAAUGUAUUUUAAAGUCGGGUACAGAUGAACAGUUUGAAAAGAGAUGGUGGAAAAUGUGUGAUAGAUUUGAACUAAGAAAUGAUGUAUGGUUUCAAUCAUUGUAUGAAGAUCGUGAACGAUGGAUUCCUACAUACAUGAGAGACAUUUUUUUGGCAGGGAUGUCUACAGCACAAAGGUUGGAGAGUAUAACCUCUUUCUUAGAUAAAUGCAUUCAGCGGAAAACUACAUUGAAAGAGUUUUUAGACCAAUACAAAGCAAUUCUACAAGAGAAGUAUGAAGAGGAAGCAAAAGCAGAUUUUGAGACGUGGCAUAAACAACCAGGGUUGAAAUCUCCCUCACCUUUUGGGAAACAAAUGGCAACAAUGUACACGCAUGCCAUAUUCAAGAAAUUCCAAGUUGAGGUUUUGGGAGUGGUUGCAUGUCAUCCAAAAAAGGAAAGUGAAGAUGGUGAUACCAUAACAUUCAAGGUUCAAGAUUUUGAAGAGAACCAAGAUUUUAUUGUGGUUUGGAAUGAAACAACUUCUGAUAUUACUUGCUCUUGUCAUUUGUUCGAGUUCAAUGGUUUCCUUUGUAGACACGUGAUGAUUGUCCUUCAAAUAUUGGGUGUGCAUAACAUCCCAUCUCAAUAUAUUUUGAAACGUUGGACGAAGGAUGCAAAGAAUAGGGGGCCGAUGAGGCAAACAGAUAUAAUUGAGUCUAGGUUUCAACGAUACACAGAGUUAUGUCGGCGGGCCUUUAAACUGGGUGAUGAAGGGUCUUUAUCUCAAGAAAGCUAUAAUAUCGCAUUCCAUGCACUUGAAGAAGCUUUGAGAAAGUGUGAGACUGUGAAUAACUCAACUCAGAGUGUGUUAGAGCCCAGUUCUCCAUCAACUCAUGGUCUUCACGACUUUGAAGAAGUGACUCAAGGUAACUGUACAAGCAAGACACAAAAAAAGAACAAUGUAUCUGGAAAACCAAAGGUAACGCCAGAACUAGAGGCAAUUACCAUAGGCAUGCAUAGUGGUUGGCAACAAAUGGGAAACACAAAUUUGCGAGCACCAGCCCGUGAUUGUUCUUAUGAAUCGCAACAGGGCAUACAAGUAAUGGAACAACUGAACUCAAGAAUUUCAACCUUUGAUGGUUACUUGGCCACUCAACAAAUUGUUCAGGGAAUGGGACAAGUAAACAUGAUAACUCCAAGUCGUGAUGAUUCUUAUAGCGAUCAACCUAGCAUGCAGGGCCUGGUGAAUUAUAAUACCAUUUCUACCACAGCUUGUUUGUUCAAUUUUCUUUAUUUUUUCGUCUUAUAUCAGGCUAUUAACUCGGAUUUUAUUCAUCUUGUAGGGACAAUUAAGUUCAAUAGCUCCAAUCCAUGAUGGUCAUUACCUUGCUCAGCAAAGAUUGCAUGGGCUGGUAAGGCUCAGCAAUUAUGUGCUUGAGAAGGGACUUGGUUUUGCAACAGGAUGACAAUACUUUCUAGUAGGUUUUAAUUUUUUGGAAAUGAAAUGGUUUCCUAAUUUUCCAUUGCUGUCAUCUCGUUGGCACCACUUAAUACCUUGAUAAGUGGAGAGUUUUCUUUUUCAAGUAUCAGAAUUCUUGUGGAAAUACACAUAAUUUAUAUUGCUUGUUCCAAUAACAAUAUUUGAAUGCUUGUAGGGGCAAUUUCAAUUCAGACCACAAACUUUUCAUAGUUGUUUUGGCAUUCAGGACAGUUUGCAAGAUAUGAAUCAGUCUAAUGUGGGACCUACCCAGUUGCAGGGCUUGGCAUCAAAACAAUUACACUCAAAGCAUCUCUCUCAGCAACUGCUAAAUCAGUAGUCAUUCAAACAAGGCAAUUGUUCUUCCACGGAUAUCUGUCCAAGUGGGAAAAUGGAGAGCACUUAUUUUUCACUAAAUUGGUGCAAGGCUGUCUUUAGGUGGAGACAAAAGCAAGUGUUUGUACAAAGAGGGAAUCAGGCUAAAGUGGUGAAUUUUUUACUUGUGGUGUAUUGACCAUAUAGAUCUGUUAACAAGUUAACUGUAUGCAAUAUAGGAAACAUGUAUCUGUUUUGUAAAUGUUGUUGCAUUGUCGAGUUUCAUAAUAUAUUAGCCCAGGUUGUAUUUAAUUGCUCGAAAUC